CGGACCGAAGGUGCGGCGGCGGAGGGGAGCCAGGGCGCCCCAGCAGGCGAGUGGCCGGCGUCUCAGCGGCGGGAUGACGGGGGUUUCCAGUACUUAUCUACAGGAAUCGCCAUGACCCCAGCUCUGAGGGAGGCAACAGCAAAGGGUAUCAGCUUUUCAUCUUUGCCAAGUACCAUGGAGUCUGACAAGAUGCUCUACAUGGAAAGUCCAAGAACUGUAGAUGAAAAGCUAAAGGGAGACACCUUUUCUCAGAUGCUUGGAUUUCCAGCUCCCGAACCUACUCUUAAUACUAAUUUUGUGAAUUUAAAACAUUUUGGCUCCCCUCAGUCUUCAAAACAUUACCAGACUGUUUUUUUAAUGAGAUCUAAUUCUACAUUAAAUAAACACAAUGAGAAUUAUAAACAAAAGAAAUUAGGGGAGCCCGGUUGCAAUAAGCUGAAAAACAUACUGUAUAAUGGCAGCAACAUUCAGCUCAGUAAAAUCUGUCUUUCUCAUUCUGAAGAGUUCAUCAAAAAGGAACCUCUAUCAGAUACCACGAGCCAGUGCAUGAAAGAUGUACAAAUUAUUUUGGAUUCAAAUAUAACCAAAGACACUAAUGUAGAUAAAGUACAACUACAAAACUGUAAAUGGUAUCAAGAGAAUGCACUUUUGGAUAAAGUUACUGAUGCUGAGAUUAAAAAGGGUUUAUUGCGCUGUACUCAAAAGAAAAUUGUACCUGGCCACUCAAAUGUGCCUGUUAGUUCUUCACCUGCUGAAAAAGAGGAGGAAGUAAAUGCUCGUUUACUUCAUUGUGUAAGCAAACAGAAAAUUUUACUUAGCCAGGCUAGAAGAACUCAGAAACAUUUGCAGAUGCUCCUGGCAAAGCAUGUUGUUAAGCACUAUGGUCAGCAGAUGAAAUUGUCUAUGAAACAUCAGCUCCCCAAAAUGAAGACAUUUCAUGAACCUACCACAAUUUUGGGUAACAGUUUACCUAAAUGCACUGAAAUUAAGCCAGAAGUUAACACAUUGACUGCAGAGAAUAAAUUGUGGGAUGAUGCAAAAAAUGGCUUUGCACGGUGUACAGCUGCGGAAAUCCAAAGAUUUGCAUUUUCUGCUACAGGGCUGUUGUCUCAUGUUGAAGAGGGUUUGGAUUCCGAUGCAACUGAUAGCAGCUCUGAUGACGAUUUGGAUGAAUAUACCCUUAGAAAAAAUGUGGCAGUUAACUGUAGUACUGAAUGGAAGUGGCUUGUAGACAGAGCACGAGUUGGCAGCCGAUGGACUUGGCUUCAAGCCCAGAUUUCAGACCUAGAAUGCAAAAUCCAACAACUAACAGACAUUCACAGGCAAAUUCGUGCCUCCAAGGGGAUAGUGGUCCUAGAAGAAUGUCAACUUCCAAAAGAUAUUUUGAAAAAACAAAUGCAAUUUGCAGACCAAGCAGCUUCACUAAACAUUCUAGGGAAUCCUCAGGUUCCCCAAGAGUGUCAAGAUCCUGUACCGGAACAAGAUUUUGAAAUGUCACCAAGCAGCCCUACUUUACUUCUUCGAAACAUCGAAAAACAGAGUGCACAGUUGACUGAGAUCAUCAACAGUUUGAUUGCCCCUCUCAACUUGUCCCCAACUUCAUCACCCCUCUCUUCCAAAUCCUGUAGCCAUAAAUGUCUGGCUAAUGGCAUUUACAGGAGUGCAUCAGAGAACUUAGAUGAGCUGUCUUCCUCCAGUAGCUGGUUACUUAACCAGAAGCACAGUAAGAAAAAGAGAAAAGACAGGACAAGAUUGAAAUCUUCAUCCUUGACUUUCAUGAGUACAUCAGCCCGAACAAGGCCACUUCAGAGUUUCCACAAACGAAAACUCUACAGAUUGAGCCCUACUUUUUAUUGGACUCCACAGACUUUGCCUUCAAAAGAAACAACAUUUUUAAAUACUACACAAAUGCCUUGCCUGCAAUCAGCUUCAACUUGGAGUAGCUAUGAACACAAUUCGGAGUCUUACCUAUUAAGAGAACAUGUAUCAGAGUUAGAUUCCUCUUUCCAUUCUGUUCUAUCAUUGCCAUCAGAUGUGCCUCUUCAUUUUCACUUUGAAACACUGUUAAAAAAGACUGAAAUAAAAGGCAAUCUUGCUGAAAAUAAAUUUGUAGAUGAAUAUAUCAUAUCUCCAUCACCUGUACAUAGUACUUCUCUGAAUCAAUGGAGAAAUGGAUAUUCACCUAUAUGUAAGCCUCAAAUAAGGUCAGAAUCUUCUGCACAACUGUUACAGGGAAGAAAGAAAAGACAUUUGAGUGAAACAGCAUUAGGAGAAAGAACUAAACUUGAAGAAUCUGAUUUUCAACACACAGAAUCAGGAUCCCAUAGCAAUUUUACUGCUGUUUCCAAUGUCAACAUUUUAUCAAGAAUCCAGAAUUCAUCAUCACGAAAUACUGCACGACGGAGAUUGAGAAGCGAGAGCUCUUAUGACAUAGAUAACAUUGUGAUUCCCAUGUCAUUAGUAGCCCCAGCUAAAUUAGAGAAACUCCAAUAUAAGGAAAUACUUACUCCAAGCUGGAGGAUGGUUGUUCUUCAGCCUUUGGAUGAAUAUAAUUUAGGCAAAGAAGAGAUAGAAGAUCUUUCUGAUGAAGUCUUCUCCCUAAGGCACAAAAAAUAUGAAAAGAGAGAGCAAGCCAGGUGGUCACUAUGGGAGCAAAGCAAGUGGCACCGAAGAAAUAGCAGAGCUUACAGUAAAAAUGUUGAAGGACAGGACUUGCUUUUGAAAGAAUACCCUAAUAACUUUAGUAGCAGUCAGCAAUGUGCUGCUGCAAGUCCUCCUGAGCUUCCUUCAGAGAACCAAGAUCUGUGUGCAUAUGGCUUACCUUCUUUAAAUCAAAGUCAAGAAACCAAGUCUUUGUGGUGGGAACGACGAGCUUUUCCAUUGGAGAGUGAAGACAUGGCAGCCUUAUUAGGUGAAGAUGAAAAAAAAAAGGAUCAGGCUGAAAGGUCAAGCACAGCUUUCCAUGGUGAAAUCUUCGGUACCAGUGUACCAGAGAAUGGCCACCAUCCAAAAAAGCAGUCAGAUGGAAUGGAAGAAUACAAAGCCUCUGGUCUAGGACUUAGUAAUGUUAAAAAAAAUAGGUGACAGGGAACAGGUUAAGAAAACUAUGUAAAUGUAGGAAAGAUGGGAGGAAAUAAAGCCCUGUUCUGGAUUCCCCAUCCCCUCCAGAAUAAGAGCAUGUUCUGCAUGUAUUAAUCUUUUAUGCUGUUUAUGAAACAGGCAAAAUAAGUCUGUUUUUCCUUCUGGAACCACAAGGGUAACCAGAUUUUCAUCUACAGACAAGUGGUAGUCAUUUGUGUUUAUCAUGCAACUUACAAACACCAAGAUAUUAAUUGCUGCAACUUGAUGUCAAAUCACAUUACUGGGUAAUUUUUAAGACUAUGUACCCACACCAUACAUACAUACAUACAUAUAUAUACACAUACAUACAAACCUGUGUGCCAAGUGACAGCUAUUUUUUAUAUACAUGGUAAUUCAUUAAAAUUGCCUUAGUAAUAUAUUAGAAUAUACAAAUAUGGGUGUAUAAAAUAAACAUACACACACACCCCUAUGUAGUUUUUAAAACACUGGCAAUGACCCACUCCCCUUGGAAAUGCAUGUAUGAACUACCCUGUGAAAUGUAAGCUGCAGAAUAGAUAAAACACAGGUUUCCACUAAUAAAAGAAAGACAUCUGAACAUCUUGAAUAUAGAGACAGAAGUUUUUUGUUGUUGUUGUUGUGUUGUUUUUUAACAUGUUUAACCAACAGUAGAAGUUAUUUACAGAAAUUCAUAUACCAGACAACACAAAACUCCUUUAUUCAAAAUCACUGCUAUCUUUGGGACUAAACACAGGCUACUUUCUGUUUACUCCUAACAAAAUAAAGCAAGCAAAUUUGAGUUAAAUAUUGGUGCACUUUAAUACUAUCACAUCUUUGAAAACUCAAUUUGAGUUUUACCAAUUAAUGUGUCUCAUGAAGAGAAGACAUCAAUUUAAAAUGAGCCACAAACAGUAAAGUCCUAUCAGUAUAAAAUUUGAAAAAAAAACAAAAAAAACAUGAUUGUAUUUCUAGAUUAGCAAGAAAUUAGUUAAUUCUGGCUGAUUUCUAUUUCUAGCUAAUUUGGUCAUUCUUUGCCAUAGCUUACUUUAUUCAAAUAAACAUAUGUUCUUGCUUGCAUCCUAGAUUGGAAAUUAAGAUUUUUCAAAGAACAAAGCUUCAAUAUUGGAUACUGAAGAGUAUACAUGAAAGAAAAUUCCUUUUGAAGCUAUUAAACCAUUUUUUUUCUAUGUGAAAGUUGAGGACAAUUUAUAUAAAUCACUUUUUGUCAUGUAAAAAAGGUUACUCAAGUUGUACCACCCACAUAACUGAAAAUAUUGGCCAUUUGGCCUUAUCUGUGAGAUUUGACACUAAGUUUUUGUUAGAGAUUGGAAAUUAUACUAGUCCUUUUAAGGGGUAAAAAAUUCAAAUUCAAUACUGACAAACUUUUGCUUGUAGUUUUACUGUACAUUUAUUUUUAAAGAAAAAGAAAACAAAAGCCAGACAAACCCAAGUUGUCCAGGCAAGUAAACUCAAAUCUUUGUCACGUCUGAUAUUAUAAUAUUCUAUGUAAGAUUUUUAAUUAAAGUUAUUUCUAUA